AUUAAAAUAUAUUAUCUAGUUCUGGUUAUAUAAAUCUAAACGUACAUAUUUUAUUUCUAUUCAAUAAAAAUAAUUAACUGAGAAAGCAUACUUAUAAGUGAAUUUAAUUUUUUGGGAUAUAACAAUGGAAUUAUCGAAAGAUACCAUUGAUGGUAUUGCUAAUAUUUUAAAUACAAAUGUUAUUACUGAUGAUAACUUCUCACAAAUUUUAGAAACAGCUAUUUCAUGUAUAUAUGAAAGUCCUUCAGAAAUAAAAUGCACUAUAAAAACAUCUGAUUCAAAACCAAUUUUAACAAAAAAAGCUUUUACUGAUGUAGUAUGCUUACUUGUAGAAGCUUCUCGACAUGACUUAGAUGAAGAAAGUUUAAGAAAUUUUUUAAAUCUCAUAUAUAUUGAUGAAAAAAGAAUUAGCAAAUUAUGUGAAAUAUAUAUUAACAAUAAAACAACAAUACAAUCUCAAUUGGAAUUGAUAGGCAAUAAUCCAUCUCAUAUUAUUGAUAUAGACUGGCAUUUAGAUUAUUGUGUCAAGUUGGACACAUGCGAUUCACUUGGUGUUCCUCUUUAUCAUGUGAGACUUAGUACUAAAAAACAUGAAACAAUAAAUUAUGUAACAUUUUCAUGUACAAUACAGCAAUUGCAAGAUUUAGUGUUUAAGCUCAAAGAUGUUAUUAGAUAUUCAGAAAAGCUUACUAAUGUUUAGCUGUAUUUUUAAGUUAUUAGUUUACUUCAUAUAGUACAAUUCAUUUAUAUUUUUAAAGUUUCUUGGAAUUAUUGUUUUAACUACUUUUUUUUUACAAUAUAUAAAUUUCUAUAAAUGAAGCAUAAUUAUCAACAAUUUGAUAUUUGUAUAUUAACAUUUACACAAUAAUUAUUAUAGUAAUCGUUUAAUAAUAAACUCAAUUUGUACGUAUAAGUGUAGUGGUAAAAUCUUAUACAAAUAACAGACCAUGUAAAGUAUAAUCAACUAUAUUUUUAUAAUUAAAAGAACAUCCUCUACUUCAUGUAGUAUUAUUACUGUAUUGAUACCGCGCGCGCGUAGAGAGUAUGCGCGCGUGCACACAACAUACGUAGAACACGUACAUAAAUUUCAAAACAAACGACGAUCAACGUUUUUAUAAAUAAAACAAAUCUCGAAAACUUCGUUUAAACCAUUUUGAUUUAAACGAUAUUGAAAUUUUCUUUACACAAAGAUUAUACACAUACAUUUUUCACUCGCUCACUCAUUCAGGUACACCUUGUAUACAAAAGAGUCGCGCGCGCACACAACUAAUAACUUAUUAAAAAUACGUUGUUUUUUGCUCUACAAUCAGGCAUCUCUCUAAAAAUUGCUUUCUCAUAUUAGACAAAAAAUACUAUUCGUUACGUUCCUUAAUUCCUAAAAAUAUGUGUGUUAAAUUAUAUUAAUAAUUGAUAAUUUUUUUAUAUCUAAUAUAUGAUAUAGACUUUUUCGAAUCAUUAUACACUAUUUACAAGUAAAUGUAUCUAAAAAGAAAAAAAGAUCGUCCAAUAUGAAAAAUUUAUCUAUACAUUAACUUUCUUUCUUUCCGGCACUUAUUAAAAUUAAUAAUGGACUUUUUAUCCAUGCGUGCUAUUUUAAUAAUUCGGUGCGAUGCGACACAUCGAUAAUAUUAACUAAUUAAGCUGGAAAGAGAGAAAUCACUUAUAGUGUAAUACUUUUUCUCAUUUUUUAAAUCAUCUAACAACGAUCUUGUUCUUGAUUUCCUAACAUUAUUUCAUAUAAGAUUAUUGUGAUAAGGCCUCGGACAUUUUACUAUAGUUGUUUUUUUUU